CCAGCUUCCACAGCUUGCUCACGGACCAAUCAGAGUACACCAAGUGCUCGAGACGCAAAAUGCGUAGCACAUCAACUAUGACGGCUCCAGGGCCGCUCGGCGUCCUGCGUGGCCACGGUGCACCCGUCAACACUGUGGGCUUCCUCUCCUCAUCCACCGUCGUUUCUGGUGCAGGUAAUGGUGCUGUCAAAAUCUGGGAUCUCAAAUCGCGUCGAGAGCUGGCAACGAAUUUUGCGGCCCAUUCGAAAGCUGGCGUGUUGCAUGCUGCACUACAAGGAGUCGCUUCAGAGCACAAGCUCGCCACGCAAGGUCGCGAUGGGUUUGUGAAGCUAUGGGACGCACAGAUCUUCGACAUUGCAGCUAAGCCAUUGUCCAAGCUCUACUGCGGGUCGUACUCGUUCACCAAGUUCGCUACGAUGCGCUGGCUGGGCGACACCACUGAGGGCGCAAACUUAAUUGUAUGCCCCAGCAGCGUGGACAAUAAGCUCCUCGUCUUUGACAUUCGAGAGGAUACGUCCUCACCAACGAUGACACUUACAGUGUCGGAUGCUGCAGCUAAGAGAGGUAUGUGCGUGUCACUGUCUCUCUUUCACAGUAGCGUUGCGCAAGCAGAAGAUGGCGCCGGCGGCAACGUGCAGACGUACAUCGCGGCCGGAUUCGAAGGUGGACAACUUGCCAUCUUGGAUCUGCGGUCGGGCGGAAAAGUAGCUUGUGAAACCACCGUUACUCAAGGCGCGAAUGCAUUGCUCUCUUUCGACGUCACGCGUGACGGACGGUCAGCAAUCUGCGGGUCCUCGGGUGAAGAGCUGUACGCGGCAAGCUUUGACGUGGCUUCUUACACGCUCAGCUCUCGAUCUUUCUUUUCCUGCACUCAUGGUGGAUUUAGCAGCGUGCGUAUUCGCGGGGAUCAGCGCAUUGUGGCUACCGCCGGCUGGGACUAUCGUGUCCGUUUAUUCCAUUUGCGAAAACUCAAGCCUCUCGCUGUGCUCAAGUAUCAUAGCGAGAGUGUGUUCGCUCUGGACUUCAGCGCUGACAGCGCACUGUUGACUUCUAGCUCCAAAGACCACAAGAUAGCCCUCUGGUCGAUAUUUCCACCCUCGCCAGCCGCUGCUGCAAGUGCGUUGAGGCCAUACUAA